UGUAGGAACCCUGAAUGGGACAGUGGCAGUCCCAUUUUCAGCACUAAAGUGAAGCUGUUUACUUUCACAGACUAUUCUGUCACUUGAUUUGUCCUCAGGACUCAAGAACCAGAGAGAACCAGACUGAAGACGCCAUGUACAACCUAAGCUGUUACAAUCCCAGUUCCUUUAUCCUUGUUGGAAUACCUGGCCUGGAAAAGUUCCACAUCUGGAUUGGGAUUCCCUUUUGUGUCAUCUAUGUUGUGGCUAUUAUGGGCAACUGCAUCCUCCUCUACCUCAUUGCAGUUGAGCACAGCCUCCAUGAGCCCAUGUUUUUCUUCCUCUCUAUGCUGGCUGCCACGGACCUCAUCUUGUCUACAGCCACAGUGCCCAAACUGCUCAGUAAUCUCUGGCUUGGAUCCCAAGGAAUAACCUUCUCUGGUUGUCUCACACAGAUGUUCUUCCUCCAUUUCAGCUUUGUAGUGGACUCGGCCAUCCUGUUGGCUAUGGCCUUUGAUCGCUAUGUGGCCAUCUGCUUCCCCUUGAGAUACACCACCAUCCUGACCCCACCAGUGAUCAUCAAGAUUGUGGUGGGCAUUGUUGUGAGAAGCUUCUCUGUCAUCCUACCAGAUGUUUUCCUGCUAAAACGGUUACCCUUUUGCAGAACCCGCAUCAUCCCACAUACAUACUGUGAGCAUAUAGGUGUGGCGAGGCUUUCUUCUGCUGACAUCUCCAUCAAUAUCUGGUAUGGAUUUGCUGUACCUCUCAUGACUGUCAUCUCAGAUGUGGUCUUUAUUGCUGUUUCCUAUACUUUCAUCCUCCGUGCUGUCUUUCAACUCUCAUCCCAGGGUGCCCGCCAGAAGGCCAUCAGCACCUGUGGCUCCCACAUCUGUGUUAUCCUCAUGUUUUACACGCCUGCCUUCUUCUCCAUCCUUGCUCAUCGUUUUGGGCACAGUGUACCUCGAAGUGUGCUCAUCCUGUUUGCCAACCUGUAUGUGGCAGCUCCUCCUGCUCUAAAUCCAGUUAUUUAUGGAGUGAAAACCAAGCAGAUCCAGGAUAAAUUUCUUCUUCUCUUCUCUUUAAAGAAGACACAGUGAGUAGACUGGAAGAAAACUUGUAAAAUUGAUGAAAUUUUAUGCAACAUAGGGAAACAGAAAUAAAACUAUAACUCCUAUGCAUUUGAAACUUCAGCAUAUACAAAAUAUCAUUAAGAGGGAGAAAGGGGAAGAACCAAGAACUUUCUAAAAUUUUGUUUUCUUACCAUUCACACAGAGAAGGUGAUGAUGUACACAGAAAAGCACAAAAACAAAAGUUCACAUAUUUCUUAUUGGUGAUUUUGAGAUAUUUGAAGAAUAGGUAUUUUUAUAAUAACAUGCAACUCACCUCUAUGUUUCUCAAACUGCAAAUUAAAUAGUACUUUCUCAUCAAGUAGUCACCAUCAUCUCUACUCACCAAACGGACAACUUCAUACUUCUUCAGCCCGGAGUCUAGAUUUUAUUAAUGACUCCUCUGGUAUCAUUUACUUGCUUUACUUUUUUCCCUGUGCAAACCACACAUCUCAAAUGACAAAUGAGUUGUAUAUCUUUCGUACCUAUUUUCUUUAAGCACAUGCACCAAGAAAGCCAUGACUUGAUUUUGCUUUACAUCCCUUGUCCCCAAUUUUACAAGUUUUAACAUAAUUAACUUUAAAAAUGUGAGAUCAUAAUGUUAAUUUCCUCAUCUGUUUUAAAGAUGAGGAAACAGACAAUUAUAAAGAUUACAGUAAAAAAAAAAAAUAGAGCUAAUAUCUAAACCCACAUCUGUAUGAUUCUCAACUCUGAACUCUCCAUUCCAGUAAAUACAUGCAUUACAUGUUCAUUUCUACUAUGGCCAUGGAGCAUUAUUUGGCCCUCAUCUAUUAUCUGUCUUUCUUAGAGUAUUUCAAAUCUUCUUUAUGAAUGAGUUCCAACUUUAUUUCAUCCAAGCAAUUCUCUAUAUAAUUUACAUGGUUUGGUUAUUCAGCCUAAAUUUGAACUGUGGCUUACUUUAUGUAUGUU